AUGGCCUCACAGAACCGCGACCCGGCUGCUGCCAGCGCUGCCGCCGCCUCCCAUAAGGGGGCUGAGCCUGGGGCGGGCGCGGUCCGAAGGUCCGUGGGCAAGAGAUUACAACAGGAAUUGAUGACCCUAAUGAUGUCUGGAGAUAAAGGAAUUUCUGCCUUCCCAGAGUCAGACAAUCUCUUCAAAUGGGUCGGGACCAUCCAUGGUGCAGCUGGGACUGUAUAUGAAGAUCUGAGGUACAAGCUUUCUCUGGAGUUCCCCAGCAGCUAUCCAUAUAAUGCUCCCACAAUGAAAUUUGUCACACCCUGCUACCAUCCUAAUGUGGACACCCAAGGCAAUAUCUGUUUGGACAUUCUCAAAGACAAGUGGUCAGCUCUGUAUGAUGUCAGGACCAUCCUACUCUCUAUCCAGAGCCUGCUGGGAGAACCCAAUAUUGAUAGCCCAUUGAACACACAUGCUGCUGAGCUUUGGACAAACCCUAAAGCCUUUAAAAAGUACCUGCUGGAAACCUACAUGAAGCAGGUGACCAGCCAAGAGCCCUGA